UCUCAGGUUUAACAGUGCUUGGUGUACGUGUGUAUUGUGUCUGCACAAAUUUAACUCACAAGUUAGCAAAAAUGAAUACAAAACAGACGUCCUUAGAAAGUUUCCUUGGAAAAAAGAAAAGGCUCAGUGAAGAGACCGAAGAGCCUUCAACAUCAAAGAAACAUGCAACUUUUAACAGACAAUACCAUGAGUCCUACUUGAAGUAUGGUUUUGUCGGGACAGGCGAUUCACACAAACCAAAACCGCUCUGCAUAGUUUGCGGCGAUCAACUCUCUAAUGACGCGAUGAAACCUUCAAAACUGCUUCGCCACUUGAACGCCAAGCACCCUGGAUUAAAAGACAAGUCCCUGGAGUAUUUUGAAAGAAAAAAACGGGAACACGAAGAACAGAAAAAAUUUAUGAUGGCCACCACAUCAAUAAAGGAGAGUGCACUAAGAGCAUCAUAUUUGGUGGCUAACCGCAUUGCUAAAGCUAAAAAGCCAUUCAGUAUUGGUGAAGAAUUAAUCUUGCCCGCCACUAAAGACAUUUGCCGUGAAAUACUAGGAGAAGCUGCUGUGGAAAAGAUAGCACAUGUGCCUUUGUCGGCUAGCACUGUGACUAGGCGCAUUGAGGAAAAAGCCGAAGACAUUGAAAAGCAAUUGUUGGAGAGGAUUAAUACAUCACCGUGGUACGCACUCCAGGUUGACGAAUCUACAGAUAUUGACAGCAAGGCAAUACUAUUUGUUUAUGUGCGAUAUCUAUAUCAGGAAGAUGUGCAUGAGGAUUUGUUAUGCAUAUGCACAGACGAAGCUGCUGCUAUGACCGGACGUCUAUCUGGUUUAACUGCUCGGAUUAAGGAAGUUGCACCUGAGAGUGAAGCUACACAUAGUCUCAUUCUCAGGGAAGUGCUAGCAAGCCGAAAAAUGUCACCAGAAUUUAACAGCGUAUUGAUUGAUGUCGUUAAAGUUAUUAACUACAUCAAAGCACACGCCCUUAACUCGCACCUGUUUGAACAGCUUUGUGAGGAGAUGGACGCAGAGUACAGAUGCCUUCUGUUAUACACAGAAAUAAGAUGGUUAUCCAGAGGAAAAUCGCUACUGAGAGUAUUUGAAUUGCGAGAGCCAUUGCAAAGAUUUCUCUUAGAAAAGAAGUCACCGCUGGCAGCACAUUUCAGUGACAAGGUAUGGGUCACCAAACUGGCUUACCUGCGUGACAUAUUCAACCUGCUGAAUGAACUCAAUCUGCGCCUUCAGGGGAAAAUGACAACUGUUUUCAAGUUGGCUGACAAAGUAGCUGCCUUUAAAGCCAAACUGGAGUUAUGGGGACGAUGCGUGAACAGAGGCAUUUUCGACAUGUUUCAGACAUUAGCGGGUAUUUUAGGCGAGACAGAGCCUGAAGAUUCAUUCUCCCAGUUGGUUCUUUGCUUUUAA